UUAGAACAAGUGGAAAGAAGAAGCAGUCCAUUUUGCAGCCGGGGCCACGUACAAUUUGUUAAAUCAUGGAGACCAUGCAGCGUUAUGUUUCACCAGUCAAUCCCGCGGUAUUCCCCCAUUUGGCUACUGUGUUACUCAUCAUCGGCACAUUCUUUACGGCCUGGUUUUUCAUUUUCGUCGUCUCUCGCAACAAACAGUCUAAGGAAAGUACACUAAUCAAGGAGUUGCUGAUUAGUUUGUGUGCCUCGAUAUUUUUAGGAUUUGGCAUUCUGUUUCUGCUGCUGACCGUAGGCAUUUAUGUAUAGUAACUAUUUUGUAUUAAGACCAACCAUUCCUCAGUUGAAGAUCAUUAAUAAAGUGUGGGCGUUGUGAGUGAACGUAUGGUA